AUGGAUAGAAUUGACCUUUUACUUGAUCAAACACAUUAUCUGACUGCAGUUGCUCUGCUACAGGGAAUAGAUGUUAGAAGACACUUCAUUGAAGCAUUGGCCUGUCAGCUUGGAAGGCAAGUUGAAGUCGUUCCUAGUGUGUCUUAUGCUGUCCUUGAAUUCCCUCCUAGUAGCGUCAACCCACCCCACACACACCCUCGCUAUGCAGAGUUACUCUUAGUUGCUCAGCGUGCCCUUCAAGUUGGGUUUGUGAACACAACCAAUAAAUUUUUCACACAGAAUGUUCAAGCUGGUGACUUGUUCAUAUUCCUAAAGGGUCUUGUGCACUUCCAACAUAACGCUGACACUAAGAUUCCUGCUCUCGCUAUAUCAGCCUUUGGCAGUGCCAAUGCUGGAACAAUAUCACUUCCCAACACACUGUUCAAGGCUUUGCUCCCUAGGCCUGAUGUUGGGUAG